AUGGCGGGGGUGAAUGGAGACCGUAAAGGGAAGAAAGACGAUAAUGGGAUUGGCACAGCCAUCGACUUCAUGCUUUCCAAUGCCAAGCUUGUGCUGGGAGUGGGAGGAGCAGCAAUGCUCGGCAUUGCAACACUUGCUGUCAAAAGAAUGUAUGACCGUGCCAUAAGUGCUCCCACCAGCCCCACCAAUAUUGAGCCAACCGAAAGGAGAAGCUGGGAGGAGCCCGCCUGGAUGGGUUCGUCACAACGGGUACUGAACCAUGACAUGAAGUCCACAGUUAGCAGGUCUCUGCAGUCUCUGCCCACAUCCUCACAUGCUUUUGAACCAGACUGUCUGCGUAGGGCUGUGGGUCGAGCUGCUGUGGGAGGCAGCGGCGCCACCAAGUCAGACCUGCAGCGGGCCCGACUGCGUCUGUCCCUGCAGGAACAUCUUUGGUUGUUCUACCAAAAUAAUGUAAACAUCCCUCCUGAGGAGCAGGCUGUGGCAAGGAGGGCAGCGUUGGACAUCUGUGCCGAACUCAGAGUGUUCCUUCAUGCCAAACUGCCUGACAUGCCUCUCAAAGAGAUGUACCUGAGUGGCAGUCUGUAUGAUGACCUGCAGGUGGUGACAGCGGACCACGCCCAGCUCAUGGUGCCUCUUAUCUUGGAGAAAAACCUGUGGUCGUCCAUCCCCGGCGAGGACACCAUCAUGAAUGUUCCAGGUUUCUGGCUCAUCCGCAGGGAGAAUUUGGAGUAUUUCCCACGGAACAGCAGCUACUGGGACCGCUGCAUGGUCGGAGGCUACCUCUCCCCUAAAUCAGUCCUUGAGGUCUUUGACAAGCUUGUGGCCGGCUCUAUCAACUGGCCGGCUAUAGGGAGUGUCCUCGACUACAUCAUUCGUCCUGUGGUUCCCUCAGAAACGCUGACCCUGGAGGUGCAGUACGAGACGGACCGGAAACUGUAUGUGGACUUCCUACCGUUACUUGUGAUGGAGGACGGAACCUCGCUGAUCGCUAAACCACAUCGACUUGCCGCAGAGCGCCAUGAAAACUUGUGGCGGCAGAGCUUCCGCGUGUCUGAGACGGCCCGACUCAGGGCCCUGGACCAGGAGGACGGAGGCUGCCGAUGCGCCUGCCUGAAGCUGGCGAAGGCCGUGUGCAAGCUCAACCCCGCCCUCAACCGGCUCAACUCCAGCCAGCUCACCAACGCCAUCUUGUUGCUGUGCGAAAAAGAGGGCGACUGGACCCAGGAGGCGCUGGCCGACCGGUUCCUUCAGCUGCUACGAGCGCUGGUGGGACAUCUAGAGGCAGGGAGGCUGCCGUGUGCCCUCAGCCCUAAAGUUAACUUAUUCUGUGAGCUGACUGAACAGGAAGUGGACGAGCUGGGGUACACGCUCUACUGCGCCCUCUCAGAUCCUGAGGGGCUGCUGAGAACUGCUGUGGCUCAGCCGCCCCAUCCCUGACAACCUCGUACAAGAACGUCACUACGCAGCAAUGUGACAUUGAAAUGGCAAACACUGUUUUAUGGGCAAUGGUGACCUGGAGCCAUCAUGAGGUUCCUGGGGGAGGAAAAAAUAAAAACAGCAGCAUGGAAUCAUUCUCGGUCUCUUCAGUCUUAUACGCAUCAGUGAGAAAGUGUGACACACACACACACACACACACACACACACACACACACACACACACACACACACACACACACACACACACACACAGUAGCAGCUAUUAGUCUCGAGAUCUGUGUGAGCCUUGACAUAAAAGCUGUAUGUGGUGGGAUCAUGCAAAUACUAUUUUAAUCUCUGAUGAAAGCCGAGGCCCAUUGGAGUUCAUGGCUCUCGCUGAAGCCAUUGUAUUAAUGAAGUUAAGUAGACAUGCUGUCAGAGUCUAAUUUAUUGGGAUGGAGGUAUGGCCCGCUGCAUUGGUUGGUCCAUAUCUAAAUCUACGUCUGCAUCAUCUUUGAGCUCUUUUGAACCCAUUGGAGAGGGUUAGGAGGACAGACAUGUCCAAAAGCAGUGACAUGUCAUUUACUCUGUUUUGAGAUGGGUCCAAGACACUGUGUCAAAGGAUAGUGUCAUGUUGAUUGUGUGUAUGCAACCCAAAAGCAAAUAAAUUGUCGAUCAGCCCAAAGAGACAACUUAACCGUCUGUUCAUGCUCCUUUUUUGUUACCACACAUAAUAUGUGCUAUUGUUCUGACAAAGUUCAGUUUGAAAUCGAGGUGUUUGAAUAACUUCAUUAAUACAGUGGCUGCGUGCAAAAUGAAUGAUUUCCAUGUUUCCAGGGAUCUGUGACAACAAACAUAAGGCUGUGAUUGGAAUAUGUGCGGCUUGCAUGUGUUAUCUACCUAAUCUAGAAAUCGAACCACUGAGUAUACAAUAAGUUACAUAUUGUCUAUUUGUAAUAGUUCUCGGUACGUACUACCAUUUAUGGAACCGUCAAAUGUCUGAUUUGUCGGUGAUCAUGAAAUUUGAACAAUACAGCGCCACCAUAUUUUCUUAUUUUGGCGAGAACGGAAAAUACUGAGUCAUGUGACUGUCUAUCGGGUUUAAUACAGAGCUGCUCUUUGUUUAUGAAAAGGAGGUUUCUUCUUCGGUCUCACAUUUGUUGCUUUAGUGCAAAAGUCUAAUAUGCUUUAUCUCAAUUUAAAAAAUAUAUAUUUUACGACCUCCAUCACAGGUUAUUUUGCACUGUCAAAUGUUAUUAAGUUGAUCAGAAAUGUCUCAGGACAUGCUGAAAGUGCUUUUGUCUACUGGUUUUUGCUUUAAUUUAAAUUUUUGUUCAGAUCCUCUUCCCCUUUAGGUCAUUUCCUUCAAUGUGGACUGGAUACUCUCACUCUUAACUUCCUAGGCCUGAUUGCAGUAAGAGCAUGGAGCCUGCUAGCUUGGUAUCUGUGUGCCUGUGUUUACCUGUUCAUGUUUUAAGUCCACAUUAAACCCUGACAGUCUGUCUGGAAUAGGUAACCAGACACGGAUUAGUGCAGUAAGGGAGGCCAUGACACACAGGACAUGUUACUAGUCUGGCACUGUGCAUGACGUGUUUGGCACCAACAUGAGCUGUGUUGAUGAUCACUACUAGCAGGCGGUCCGGUAUAAGUAUUAAUAGAUUACAGGUGCUAACCUCUCUGAGAUCAUGAUCUAUAAAAGCAGCUUUGAUAGUCAAGCUUUCUGAGGCUAGGUCAGCUGUAGGUGGAGUCACUACAACAAUAGCUGCAAAAGUGCAGUUUGUCUCUAUAAAGGAAUACUCGAAAUAAUGCUGUCUAAAAAUAACCACAUGGUUGCUUUUUGUUCCCACUUUUAGCCUUAGAAUGAAAAAGAAAUGCAGUGAUAUGGUGUCCCCUCAGUCCUCAGUCUGUAUAGUCUACAAUAUGGAGGGGUUGUUUAUAGUCCUGUUGUGCUUUCAGUCAAACUAAUCAUCCAGAUAAUAAUGGAGAAACAGGUGAAUAUUUUUGUAUUUAUUGUACAUUUGUAACCAAAAUAAGAGCAGACUAUUUAUUUGUGUUCAAUUCAACAUGUAAAGCAUCACUUGUGCUUCAUUAAGUGCUUUGUUCUGGAUGUACUGAUUUAGAGCGACUCCACAGUAGUUGUUUGUCUGCAUAUUAAGAGUCUUCCUCUGCAGACCUCGUUUAUGCUACAAAUCGCUGCCGUGGUGAAGGGAGGGGAGUCACUGUGCCACAUUUGUAAUCUUAUUGUAAAACAAAAACCCAAAGUAGAUCACUACCUCUACCUUGUGGAGUUCAUACUAGCCAUAUUGUUUGUUGCAUGCUCUGUAUUUUCCCCGAGCUUUUUUUAUUUUAGCUCUGGAGUCCAACCUUGAAGCACUUUGUAUACUUCAUUAAAUAUUUAAAAAAAAAAAAAAAAAA